CUAAAAGACCAUAUAUACAAUCUUCAAAUACCGUCAAUAUUGUACAUCGGAGGCGAGGCUGAAUUGGUAGUCCUUAGAUGAGCUGUAGUUCCACACCUCAAUGCUGUAAUUGUCUUCUCAAUUCUAUUCUUCCCACAUCCCCACCGAUACAAUCCUCUUUCUCGGUGCACAACAACAGCGACGACGAAGACAACAACCAAGAAAGAAACAUAGGGGAGAGGCGUAGACACCUGCUUUGAGGGUUUGGCUUUGUUCCCCAUCUGUCUUGAUGCCCAUCUGAAUUCUCUCCGAGCCUUCCUCGACACUGUCUUUUUUCUCUCUCUCCCUCUCUCUCUUUCUAUCCCUCUUUCAUUCAUUGAAAGCUCCAUUGGAGCUUCUUCCAUGUAAUUCCAUAAGAGGCAUUUAAUUUCUUCGACAAGCUUGAAUAUUUUAAGAGUUGCCCACAAACCCACGCAACCUCAGCUCUCAGGGUAUUUGAGGUGAAAGAGUAUUGCUUUCUGGGUUGUUUGUAUUCCUUCAGUGAUUUUAAGACUUGGGUACUGAGGUUAAUGGUAUAUACUUCUUGGUCUGUGUCUAUGAUUAUAUGAUUUCGGCAUUUGAGGUUGAGCAGCAUUGGCAUCUGUGUCUUUGUGAAUUGAUUGAGACAUGAGUCGUAGGGUGCGGCGGAAGCUGGCGAGGAAGGGGAAGGUUGUUUCACCAAUUUAUACUGAAACAGAGGACGAAGAUUUGGGAUUGAAGCGAGAAGGGGAUGUAGAUUGGACUAGCCUACCUGAUGACACAGUGAUUCAGCUAUUUUCAUGUCUGAAUUAUCGUGACCGGGCAAGCUUAUCAUCAACCUGUAGGACAUGGAGGUUUCUAGGAAAAUCCCCUUGUUUGUGGAACUCUUUGGAUCUUCGUGCACACAAAUGCGAUGCUGCCAUGGCGUCUUCACUUUCUCCCAGAUGCGUAAAUCUUCAGAAGCUUAGGUUUCGUGGCGCAGAGUCUGCUGAUGCAGUAAUUCAUCUUCAAGCUAGGAAUCUACGUGAAAUAAGUGGUGACUAUUGCAGGAAAAUAACUGAUGCUACUCUUUCUGUGAUUGUGGCUCGACAUGCAGCACUUGAAAGCCUCCAGCUUGGGCCAGAUUUCUGUGAAAGGAUCAGUAGUGAUGCUGUAAAAGCAAUAGCGUUUUGUUGUCCUAAGUUGAAAAAGCUUCGACUCUCAGGAAUUAGGGAUGUUCAUGGUGAUGCCAUUAAUGCCUUGGCAAAGCAUUGUCAAAAUUUGACUGAUGUUGGGUUCAUAGACUGUCUCAAUGUAGAUGAGAUGGCUUUGGGAAAUGUAGUAUCAGUUCGUUUCCUGUCAGUUUCUGGGACCUCAAAUAUGAAGUGGGGUGUGGUUUCUGAUCUCUGGCAUAAGCUGCCUAACUUGGCUGGGUUAGAUGUUUCAAGAACUGACAUUGGUCCAAAUGCUGUUUCUAGAUUGUUAUCCUCAUCGGGGAGCUUGAGGGUUUUGUGUGCCUUGAAUUGUCCUGUUAUCGAAGAAUAUGCUAGUUUUCCUAUCAAUAAAAAUAAAGGUAAGCUGGUACUUGCCCUUUUUACUGAUAUUUUCAAAGGAAUAGAUUUGUUAUUUCUCGAUGCUACAAACAAGGGGAAAAAUGUGUUUUUGGAUUGGAGGAAUGUAAAGAAUAAGGACAAAAACUUGGAUGAAAUCAUGAUUUGGGUUGAGUGGAUCCUUUCCCAUACACUUUUGCGGAUUGCCGAGAGCAAUCAACAGGGUUUAGAUAAUUUCUGGCUCAAGCAGGGUGCAGCACUGCUUCUCAGUUUAAUGCAGAGCUCACAAGAGGAUGUUCAAGAAAGGGCAGCUACAGGACUUGCAACAUUUGUUGUCAUUGAUGAUGAAAGUGCCAAUGUAGAUCGUGGACGGGCUGAAGCAGUUAUGCAAGAUGGAGGCAUACGCCUCCUUCUGGACCUAGCAAAAUCAUGGCGGGAAGGUCUUCAAUCAGAGGCUGCAAAGGCUAUAGCAAACUUGUCUGUGAAUACCAAUGUUGCAAAAGCUGUUGCUGAAGAAGGAGGAAUCAAUAUUCUUGCUGGUUUGGCAAGAUCCAUGAAUAGGCUGGUUGCUGAAGAAGCUGCUGGAGGAUUGUGGAAUCUUUCUGUUGGAGAAGAGCACAAGGGUGCCAUCGCUGAAGCUGGAGGAGUAAAGGCCUUAGUUGAUCUUAUAUUCAAAUGGUCCACCGGUGGAGACGGAGUCCUGGAACGUGCAGCUGGUGCAUUAGCAAAUUUGGCAGCCGAUGACAAGUGUAGCACAGAGGUUGCAGUGGCAGGCGGUGUACAUGCUUUGGUCAUGCUUGCUCGUAAUUGUAAAUUUGAGGGAGUGCAAGAGCAGGCUGCUCGUGCCUUGGCUAAUUUGGCUGCUCAUGGGGAUAGCAACAGUAACAAUGCUGCCAUUGGACAAGAGGCAGGCGCUCUUGAAGCACUUGUUCAGCUCACACGUUCUCCUCAUGAAGGUGUCAGGCAAGAAGCAGCUGGUGCAUUGUGGAAUUUAUCAUUUGAUGACAGAAAUCGAGAAGCGAUUGCAGCAGCUGGCGGCGUUGAGGCCUUGGUUGCUCUUGCACAAUCAUGUUCAAAUGCCUCCCCGGGUCUUCAGGAGAGGGCUGCUGGUGCUCUCUGGGGUUUGUCUGUGUCAGAAGCCAAUAGUGUUGCCAUUGGACGUGAAGGAGGUGUAGCACCUCUAAUUGCAUUGGCACGCUCUGAAGCUGAGGAUGUCCAUGAAACAGCUGCAGGAGCUCUGUGGAACCUUGCUUUCAAUCCUGGUAAUGCACUCCAUAUAGUGGAAGAAGGGGGAGUUCCUGCCUUAGUUCAUCUUUGUUCUUCAUCAGUAUCAAAAAUGGCACGCUUCAUGGCUGCAUUAGCAUUGGCCUACAUGUUUGAUGGGAGAAUGGAUGAAUUUGCUUUGAUAGGGGCUUCCUCAGAAAGUAGUUCGAAGAGUGUGAAUUUAGAUGGGGCUAGAAGGAUGGCUUUGAAACACAUCGAAGCCUUCGUGCUCACAUUUUCUGAUCCACAAGCAUUUGCUGCUGCUGCUGCAUCAUCAGCCCCUGCAGCACUGUCACAAGUGACAGAAGGAGCUCGUAUUCAAGAAGCAGGGCAUCUGAGAUGCAGUGGGGCUGAAAUUGGGAGAUUUGUUGCCAUGCUACGAAAUCCAUCAUCUAUACUCAAGGCAUGUGCUGCAUUUGCUCUUCUCCAGUUUACCAUUCCUGGCGGUCGGCAUGCUAUGCACCAUGCAAGCCUUAUGCAGAAUGCAGGAGCCGCACGCGUUCUGCGUGCUGCAGCUGCAGCAGCAACUGCCCCUCUUGAAGCCAAAAUAUUUGCCAGAAUUGUACUUCGCAACCUCGAGCACCACCACAUGGAACCAUCGCUUUGAAGACGACUACAGCUGUCACAAUCUGUCUGCUGCCAAUUUCAUAACAAGCUAUGGAGGUUCCCAUUACUAGAAAGCAACAAAGCAGCAUAAGGCAACAUAAGAACACAUUCUGCUCUCAGCUCUACGAAAAUUUACCAAUUGUCCCCUAGAACCAUGUCUAAUCUUUUUCCCCCUUUGCCCCCCAUUCUUAGGAUAAAGCUGGUUUAUUUAGGCUUCAUUAAUAUUUCUCCUCUUUGUAACAAAUCUUCACAUGUUAGAGGUACUUUACGUGGGGGGAUUGACCCAAGAGUCAUUUCCUUCUAAUUUUUCUUUGGUGUCCUAAUUCGUUGUGACAAAACCAUACAUAAAAGCAGUUUUAGGCUUGUUGAGGCUUUUGCUCA